AUGUCGAAGAUUGUGAGCCUCACACGACCCUUUUCGCAGGUGAACGCUCGCCCGGCUGUCUUUGUGGCGGUUAGCGGGCGUCGAUCCAUUGGCUCGGUCAGCGCCAUCGACUCGAGCAUUUUCCGGACUUUAUUUGGCACGGACGAGAUUCGGAAGGUCUUCGACGACGAAGCAUACAUCCGCCGCUGCGUAGACGCCGAAGCAGCUCUCGCACGCGCGCAGUCACAAUGCAAUGUAAUCCCCUCAAAUAUCGGGGCAAUGGUCACGCAGCGAGUGCAGGGAUCAACACUCGACUUUGAUCGUCUGCGCCACGAAACGGAGAUCGUGGGAUAUCCGAUUCUCCCGCUUGUUCGCCAGCUAUCGGCCAUGUGCGGCGACGAGGCGGGUAAGUAUGUGCACUGGGGCGCGACGACGCAAGAUAUUAUGGACCUGGCAAGCGUACUCCAGAUGAAAGAGGGUCUGAAUAUCGUUGAGCGAUUGCUCAAGGACGUGAUCAAAACUCUUCGUCAGCUAUCGGAGCAAUACAAGGAUACGCCCAUGGCUGGUCGAACGCAUUUGCAACAUGCAUUGCCCGUGACGUUUGGGUAUAAGUGUGCUGUCUGGCUAUCUGGCUUCCAGAGGCACCUCGAGCGAUUGGAGCAGCUCCGUGAUCGAGCACUGCUGGUGCAAUUCGGUGGUGCGGCGGGCUCGCUUGCAUCGCUUGGCUCUGGCGACGACGGACUUCGAGUACGCAAGGCACUCGCCGAGGAACUAGGUCUCUCCAACCCCUCGAUUACAUGGCACGUGGUGCGGGACGGCGUGGCCGAGAUUGCAAACUUCCUCGCUCUAAUGGGAGGAUCCAUGGGCAAGCUGGCUCUGGACAUAAUAAUCAUGUCCUCCAACGAAUUGAGCGAAGUCUCCGAGCCCUUCGUCCAGCACCGCGGAGCAUCAUCUACAAUGCCUCAAAAAAAAAACCCCAUCUCCAGCGAGGUAAUCCUCGCCGCAUCCAAAAUCCUGCGAUCGAAUGCCGGCCUAGUUCUCGACGGCAUGGUAGCGGACUUUGAGCGCGCUUCGGGUCCCUGGCAUCUUGAAUGGGUUGCGGUUCCAGAGAGCUUUGUCAUUGCCGUGGGCGCGCUGUCGCAGACGCAUUUUGCGCUGUCCGGACUCUCGGUGAAUAGCAAGCAGAUGCUGGACAAUCUUUAUUCUACCAAGGGCUUGAUUGUGGCGGAGGCUGUCAUGAUGGGGAUGGCGCCGCAUGUUGGUCGUCAGCGGGCUCAUGAUCUUGUUUACGAGGCUUGUAGGGAGAGUAUUGAGAAGGAGCGAACGCUUUUGGAGUGUCUACUGGAGAAGGACGAAGUUACAGAAAAGAUGAGCCAGCAGCGAUUGAGUGAGCUUUGUGAUCCGGUCAACUAUCUGGGUGCAUCGUCGAGAAUGGUGGAUGAUGUCUUGGCUGUCAAUUGA